GAAGAGCAUCCUGAGCUUGUGAAGAAUGACUUCUACAUAACCGGAGAAUCUUAUGCUGGGCACUAUAUUCCUGCUUUUGCUGCUAGAGUACACAAGGGAAACAAGGCUAAAGAAGGAUUACAUAUAAACUUAAAGGGUUUUGCCAUUGGGAAUGGGCUUACGGAUCCCAAAAUACAAUACGCUGCGUAUACUGACUAUGCAUUGGACAUGGGAUUAAUUUCGAAGUCUGAUCAUGAUCGUAUCAACAAAAUACUUCCAGUUUGUGAAGUUGCAAUAAACCUUUGUGGUACUGAUGGGAAAAUCUCUUGCUUGGCUGCCUAUUUUGUUUGCAAUUCUAUAUUCUCUGCUGUUCGUGCACGUGCUGGGGCUGACAUCAAUCAUUAUGACAUCAGAAAGAAAUGCGUCGGAGCACUCUGCUAUGACUUCUCAAACAUGGAGAAAUUGCUGAAUAUGCAUUCUGUUAAGCAGGCUCUUGGAGUUGAGGAUAUAGAGUUUGUCUCAUGCAGUACUACUGUGUACCAGGCCAUGCUUGUUGAUUGGAUGAGAAAUCUUGAGGCUGCCAUUCCAACCUUGCUUGAGGAUGGAAUAAAGUUGCUUGUCUAUGCUGGAGAAUAUGAUCUUAUUUGCAACUGGCUUGGUAACUCAAGAUGGGUUCAGGCUAUGGAAUGGAGUG